UCUCAAUUGGUUUUUAACAGUGCACAGGCUCUGAUCCUAUAUUAAAUUUCAAAGAAAAUAUUGACUUCACAAAAAAUAUUCUGGAAUAUAUAUCAUCUACUCACAUUUUCAAUGUAUUUUUCUUUGUUAUGCAGGCCAAAGCCAGUGAAAAAAGGGGGUGAGAAUAAUGAUUUGCCAUUUUGGAAAUUUAGAAGCACACCAGAAGUGGCUCGAAAUGAACAAAAAGCUUACCAAUAAAAUAGCUCAACAAGAACUGGCGCUUUUACAAGCCCAAAAGGAAAAUUUCAAUAUUACAAAGGAAAUGAUAGAUUUAAUGUUUACACUGAUCUUUACAAUUUCACUGUACAAUGAGCUCAAGCAGGUAUUUCAAAACCUGCUCACAGAUCUGAACAAAACUCUCACCUCAGACAGAGACAUUUCUGUGAAUCUGCAACAAAGUUAUCAAUAUUUUGCAGAACACUUUAAAAAGUUUGAAGAUAUUUCAUCAAUAGGAAAUUUAAGAAGUCAAUUAAAUAUGGUAACAAAGCCUGAAAGUCAGAUGCCCUUUAACCCUUUAGCGACUGGUAAACCAUUUAAGUCUAAUCCUCAAGAAAUGUAUGCCAGAAAGAAAAAUAGCCAAGUGGUUAAAUUGCAUUCUAGACAUCAAGCUAUCCUCAGUCCUAGUGCUGAAAUUAAAUCUCCCAAUAUAAACCGAGAAGAAAAAGUCACAAGUAUAUUCACCAAAAAAGUGCCGAUCAAGCAAAAGAAAAAAUAACUUUACUGUUGUUGAAGAAUUUAAGUACUGCUUACUCUUAAAUUUAAUGAAAAUAAUGAUUGGAAAGUAACUGUUAUUCUCCAGAUAAAGAAAAAGGUAUUAUUACAUUUUCAAUAAACAAUUCACUUUUUUUCUAUUAAUUUAUGAACUCAUUAUCCAAAAAGGGAUUGGAUCUAGAAGGUCACAGGGGAUUAAAAAAGACAUUUGCUACAAUGAAUAAAUCGAUCUUUUAUUUUUAAAAAAAUGUAAAUUAUUUGUAGUGUAUGCAAUGCUGUCUUUACUAAUUUUAAUAAUAAUUUAUUCUACCUGAUUUCAUGUAAUUUCUCAAUCACAACAAACAUUUUUUGAACUAAAAGCAAUGAAUAUAAGAAGGAGAAUGGAAAAAUAAUUCUGUAAAACUGGGAUUAAAAUAAAUGAUUGACUUCCGAAAUUUAAA